AUGUGUGGGCGCAGUGACAAAAACAGAGAGGAUGAAGUUAAUCCCAUCAGAGGCCGCUCCAGCCUAGAGGCUCGCGACGCACGAGCAGGUCCGGGUAACAUCAUCACAGCAAGUGGUCCAAACAUUCCCGAUGAGUUGUACUCAGGGCUCUCCCUUCGACCGGCGCCCAGGGGAUGGUCCAUUCAAGAGGAUGCUACGAGAGGCAAGAUCUUCCAAGUACAAUACUCCGGACCGGAGCCUGAGGGAAGUUUUGGCAAUCGAGAGCUACUGGACGAGCUGGACGAGGAAAAACAAGGUGAUAAACCUGAAGCAAAAGAAAACAACGGCAUCCGCGGGAACGCCGAAAGCGGAGAUCGAGAGCCAGAUGACAACGAUGGGGAAGGUGGAGUUCAUAAGCGCCGAAUCAGCUUCCCGGAAUCACAAAGAAGCGUAGUACCACCAAUAAUACUGGAGAGGCCACGAUCGGAAGGAGGGAGGGGAGCGACCUUUACGCCGGUCGUAAUUACCGGAAUCCUGAGCUUGCCAAGAAGACGCACGAUCUUUUGCUACAUUACGCCUGAAGAUCCAAUUGCAGCCAAGGGCCGUGGCUAUCAGCCUUCGAACAGUACGCCGAUGCACCGACGCCGAGUGGAGCCACGUCGAAUCUUACCAACCGCUUCUUUCCGUUAUGCUCCAGUGCCAGGCUCAGGGCUUGUCGAGAAAAAGGAGGAAAGCACGAAAAGUGGUUGA